AUGCCACCGAAACGACCCGCUCCAUCCGAUACGGAUGGUCUCCCCAAGUCUGCUCCAAAGCGCGCACGCUUUGCCGAACCUGAGAACGAUGAUCGAGGAAAAUUAUCAUCUUCGCGAACGGUUCAAGGGAAUGAUGCAUCCAACGAGGGCGAAGCCUUUAAUUCGGCCCAAUUUGCAGAUGAAGUAGACGCAUCCCUCGACAUGGCGGGUAAAACUGCUCGUCAAAAGGGAAAAGGAGCUGUUAAAGUUGAAGGAUACGAGUCGGAUAGUACCGACGAUGGCGAGGGUGUCGUGCUCAGUCGACGAAAGGGUCAGGAGGACGUGGAUGACGAUGACAUGUUCAAUAUGGGGGAUGAAGAUGAAAAGGAGAAGAAGCAGGAGACCAAAAAGGAAACGAAAUACCUCGAACUCGGCGAGAUUGAAGGACAAGAGUUUGGAGCAGAGGAUGAGGAGGAUGAGGAGAAGAUGGAUGGGGACGAGGACGAUGAAGCGUCCGUUUCAGAGAGCGAACCAGAGGACGAGGACGAUGCCGAGCGACGCAAAAGGGCAGGCAUGGGCUUCGAGAUUAGCAAGUUUAACAUGAAGGAGGAGAUGGAGGAGGGAAAGUUUGCCGAGGAUGGAAUGUACGUGCGCAGCUAUGAUGCUCACGCCGUACACGAUCGGUGGCUGGAAGACAUCCAGGAGAGGGACAUGAAGAAGGCCAGGCGAGCAAAACGACGAGCCGAGAAGAGAGAAAAGGAACGAAUAAAGGAGGAAAAGAAACUACUGGAGGGUGACGGUACUGAUGGCAACACCGGUGGCAAACCCGGACUAGAGAAGCAACUCCUCAAUUACCUUUUACCAGAGGAGACCGUCCUCGAGGCGCUAGCUCGUCUAGGAAGGGAGAAGAAGAAGAAGGAUGCAAAGCUCAAGAAGAAGCAAACCGGCGACGACGUGCCCAUGGGCGGCACCAAGGAUCCGAAACCAACCUCUUCUGACAUUGAUCGACUCACUGCGCUCGCAUCUGCGCUCAUAGUGGACGACCCAGAUGUGUAUUCGAAUACCUACGAGGGUAUCCUGCGGUCUGUGCGACGGUCGGGGACAGUACCGCAAGAUUGGGUGCCACCCCAACCGCAGUAUGAAUACUGCUGGGCGCAGACGGACGCAUCGAAUGGCGCCGCAGAUACGGUGUAUGGACCGUUUCCUGCCCGAGAUAUGCAGCAGUGGUACGAAGCCUCGUUCUUUGGGUUGAGCGGGGAGAAGAUAAGGGUGCGCAAAGUGGGAACGAGCGAGUGGCAAGCCUGGGAUGAUGUAUUUGCAUGA